GUGAGUAGUGCCGUCUCCUAUGUGCGCGCUCCCGUCUUCAUGCGCGCAGCGCCCCCCUGCGUGCACACGCACUAGUAAAAACAGCUGUGAUAUACUGACUUCAAGAGCCACUGGAUCCUGCUCCAAUGACAUUGGCAGAUUACUGGGAGCAAAUCUUAAGAUCCUAAGAAACAUCAUUCUCCAAGAUGGUGCAGAAUUCACAAAGGUUUGGAGCAAGACUUCCAAGUCUCUCAUCGCUUAUGAAAGUGGACGGUUAUACUUUGAUAAUUACAGGUGUUGCUACAGCAGCCUUUUGUCUGAGCCAGAACUGCUGUAUGAGCUCCCCAAAGCCCCCAGAACAGAGAAGAUUGAAGAUGCUUUAUUAUGCCAGUGUCCUCUAGACAAGGUUCUACCAAACGCUUCAGACCAGAAGUCAUGUCUGCUGGUUCUAACAGCUCAUAACUGGUUAUAUCGGCUCUCAGCUGACACAGGAAAAACACUAGAGCGGAUCUACCUCUCCUCGGUUUUCAAAUUCAGAUCUUUAGGUUGGGACUCCUCGCAGGAGACAUUAUAUGUCAGAUCAAUUCAGGGCAAACAGACGACUCUGGAACGACAGGCUGGUGUUAAUAAUAACAUCCUCAUGCAUCUGGCCGUAUUUCAAGUCUUUCCACUAGAGCUUGUAGGAAUGCUGGAGAUUAAUAAAAAAGUCUUCGGUAAGACGGCUGUGGAUGUGCUGCUGUCACAGGGAGUGUUAGCUGUGUCACACAGCUCGAAACAUGUCAAACUUUACAGUUUUGAGUACAUUGUUAAUAAGUUUAGAAUUGAGAAGUUGUCUCUGGGACAGCAGUGUGAGAUGAAAGGAAUUGUGGGAGAAGUUCCAUAUGGCAUUCCAGUCAAUAUUCACAUUCAUGAGUGUCCUCCCGUAUUGUUUGAGAUGUCAUACUUUGAGAACGGGGUUCAGAUCGGAGGUCAUCCCUGGCACUACAUCUACACCCCCAACCACAAGAGACACAGAGGAACCCAUCAUAUCUGCUCUAUCACAGACGGAGCGCUGGCUAAGAAUGGCGUCCAGGACAUGAAAUGUGACUCUCUAGAAGCAGACUGGAUCUUUUUUCACCCAGAUGACUCGGGUCGAAUCAUACAUGCUGGGCCCAGCACAAUAAAUGUUCUGAAGGUCAUGGCUGAAACAGGAUGUGACUGGAAGUAUGAGAUAGUCACAGCCUUCUCCAUCACCGCUGCUCGUGACCAUAGUGCCCCUCAGGUGAUGGUGACGUCUUCUGGCCGUGCGGUGAAAAGGAGAUUCCAGCUGUUAGAUGAUGACCCAGCUCAGCAGACAUUCAGAAUGGUGAAGUAUGAAGAUGAACUUGAUCUGUUGGCUGUGGUAGACAUCACUCAGACUGAAGAUGAAGGACAGGCCCAUCUUCGUCUACAUGACAAUAAGACGGGGCUUUUAAUGAAGAGAGUUCCUCUAAAGGAGCCAUGGGAUGUGACCUACAGUCACGAGGUUUACUUUGACAGAGACACGAUUAUUCACACUGUCCAGGAGAAAAAUAACUCAUUCUGCUGCCAUGUUUAUAAAAUGAAGAGACGACCUUCGGAUGAACCAUGAGCUCUUUUCAUAUUUCUGUAUGUGAUGAUCAAUAAUGAACCAUAGUGCAUUUCUCAAAAAAAUACUAUGUGAAUUUUUGAGAACUUGGAAGCAAAAGACAUUUGUUUUUAGAUAUAUGAGUCUUUCACACUGUUGUUUGUAUUGAAUAAUGACAGCCCUGGACAAACACAUGUAUGCGUUGAUGCAAUUGAACUUGAAAUGCUUUUGGAUUUAGUUAUUUACUUGUAACUUUACUAAUAAAGACUAGUUUGUGACCAGUA